AUGUUAAGGGAGGGGGAUAAGUGCGAUAAGGCUAAGGAGUGGCGUGAGGAUGGCUACGGCUGCCUGCACCGCCCGUCUAUUAAUAAGCACUUCACCUCAGAGAAGAAGCUGGGGGCAGUGCUCACUUUUGGCGAGGCAAAACCUAUAUAG